AUGAGAGUCUCCUUCGCUCUUCUAGGCGCACUCGCCGUCUCCUCAUACGCUCUUGCUCCUCCCAACGGCCACAAUCCAUACGCUCUGAUCGGCUAUGGGAAGGCCAACCCAAUCGGACCUACCACUGGAGGCAAGGGAGGAAAGUCCGUAACUGUGUCCACGGCGGAGGACUUACUCGCGGCCGUGAAGGGUAACGAACCGCUCAAGGUUUACGUCAAGGGCAGCAUCAGCCUCCCGUCCCGUCUGGCACCUGGCAGCAACAAGAGCAUCCUGGGCGUGGGCAGCACCGCAGAGAUCCUCCAGAAUGGCAUCUCGGUCGUCAACCAAACGAACGUCAUCAUUCGCAACAUAGCCAUUCGGUUCAUCCUCGACAACGACGGCAUCACCGUCCAGAACACCACCCGUGUGUGGGUCGAUCAUUGUGAAUUUGAGUCCGAAUUCAGCCAGGAGGUUGGACCGGACACUUAUGACGGCCAGCUGGAUAUCGUGCGGGCGUCCGACUGGGUCACGGUGUCCUGGAACUACUUCCAUGACCAUUGGAAGUCCUCUCUUGUCGGCAACUCCGAUGUCCUCCGCGACGUGGACUUUGGCCACUUGCACAUCACAUACCACCACAACUACUGGCGUAACGAGGGUACCCGUGGACCAGCGGGGCGAUUCGGCCACCAGCACAUCUUCAAUAACUUCUACAAGGACUUCCACUACCAGGCGAUCCACUCGCGCAGCGACAACCAGGUCCUAGUCGAGGGCAACGUCUUCCGUGGUGACACCCGUGAGGCACUGAGCACGUACGGCCUGGUGAUUCCAGAGGACAGUCCGAAUACCAGUCCAGAGGGCGACUUCGAGAUUGAUGGAUACGCGAACCUGGGAGCCAAGAACGACUGGGGACCUGCCAGCAUCAACAUCACGCAGGUUGGCGACUUCACGGAGGCGCCGUACAAGUAUACCUUGACGCCGUUGCGGCAGGUGAGGCAGGUGGUGAAGGCUGGGGCGGGCGUGGGCAAGGUCAAGCUUUGA